GCUGUCGGCAGUGAGAUCAUGGGAGAGUCCACGCUUGGAGAAAGUAGGUUAGCAGGGUAGACUGAGAGGAAAGCAGAGCACAGAGGGGGGGUCCGAUCACCGGUCGUUCACCGUGGGACUAUUCUGUCAAAAAAGUUGAGCCAAAUCUAUUCGCCAGUGCGCCGAGACGGUUACGAUGCGAUCCAAAGCGACUUUAUUCACUCUUUUAUUUCGCUCGGACUUGACCGAGCGAUAGACGAGAGGAGUUUCGGGUAGUUGUUUUUUUUUCUCUGUUUUUGGCCGUGCUUUACGAGAGCUUUCUGCAGCCGGGACGAAGUUAAUAUUUACAGCGCCAGCUCACUCUGGCUCCAGCGGUUAUUUCUCCUCUAUCCUGUCAACUACAUUAACCACAUGUAGCCGAGUUUUUUUUAUAUCGUGUAACUAAGAGAAAGAAAACAUCAAAAUGAGAGCUCAGAUCGAGGUCAUCCCUUGUAAGAUCUGCGGGGACAAGUCCUCAGGAAUCCACUAUGGAGUCAUCACCUGUGAAGGCUGCAAGGGAUUCUUCCGUCGCAGCCAGCAGAACAAUGCCAUGUACUCUUGUUCCCGCCAGCGGAACUGCCUGAUCGACCGAACUAACCGUAACCGCUGCCAGCACUGCCGCCUACAGAAGUGUCUGGCUCUGGGCAUGAGCAGAGAUGCGGUCAAGUUUGGUCGUAUGUCCAAGAAGCAGCGUGACAGCCUCUACGCUGAAGUGCAAAAACACCAGAAGUCUCAGGAGUGUGUGGGCUCCGCAGGCGUGGGUGCCACUGCUCUGUCUUUACCCAAGGAAGACAUUGUCUGCGGUGGUGGCGGUGAGGAUGUUGAAGAGGGUCUGAGCCGGUCCUACAGCAGUGGGGGCUCCAGCUCCACCCUCAGUGACCUGGAUGACAUCGCAGCACUGCCUGACCUGUUUGACCUGCCUCUGACCCCUGAAGAGGCCAGCGAGUACUGCAGCCUGGAGCUGCUUGGUGGUGGCGGAGCCAGCACCGGCAACACCUCCAACUCAUCGUCCUCAUCCUCCUCCUCAUCCUUGUCUAAUCAGAAUUCCCCGCAGCAGACUAUGCUGGACGGGGUAGACGGCAAUGGGAUCCAGCUCCUGCAUAGUCACACUCAUCUGCUGCUGGGACACACACACACACUGCUGGACCAGCUGCCUGAUGACUGCUCAAUAACAGACCUUGAGCGUAUAACUCAGAGUAUUGUUAAGUCACACUUGGAGACGUGCCAGUACAGCGCUGACGACAUGAAGAGAUUCACCUGGGUACAAUACUCACCUGAGGAAACACGUGCUUUUCAAAACAAGUCAGCUGAGUGGAUGUGGCAGCAGUGCGCGCACCACAUCACCAACGCCAUUCAGUAUGUGGUGGAGUUUGCCAAACGCAUUGCUGGCUUCAUGGACCUGUGCCAGAAUGAUCAGAUUAUAUUGCUGAAAGCAGGCUGUCUGGAAGUCCUGCUGAUACGCAUGUGCCGAGCUUUCAACGUAAACAACAGCACCAUUUUCUUCAAUGGGAAGUUUGCCCCGGCUCACUUCUUCAAAGCACUUGGCUGCGAUGACCUGGUCAGCGCAGUGUUUGACCUGGGGAAAGGACUCUGCCGUCUACAGCUGUCUGAUGAAGAGAUGGCUCUGUUUAGUGCUGCCGUUCUUCUAUCUCCUGAUCGACCCUGGCUAACAGAAGGCCAAAAGGUUCAGAAACUGCAGGAGAAAGUUUACCUGGCUCUGCAGCACAGUCUACACAAGAGUGGUGCUUCUGACGAGAAACUGGACAAGAUGGUGUCCAAGCUGCCCAUCAUGAAGUCUAUCUGUAACCUCCACAUCGACAAACUCGAGUUUUUCCGUCUGGUCCACCCAGAGACCGCCUACAGUUUCCCACCACUGUACCGGGAAGUGUUUGGCAGCGAGAUGUCUCUGCCGGACUCCACUGACAGUUAGACAGACAGAUAGAGAAACAAGAGAGAUGGAGAGAGUGUAUUAAGAGGUAGGGAAGCAAAAAAAAAAAGGAGAGACAGAGAAGGAUAGAGAUGUUGAAGCUCAACAACCAGCAGUUAUGAGACAAUCCAGGACUUAAAAUACUCCGUCUCCCAUGAUCCCAAAGUAGUCCUCCACUUUCCCAGCAGGCAAAGCACCUUACACUACAGACCACACAUGCUCAUGGUCCUCUGCAUAUUGUAGCAUUAACAACAAGCGGAUGGGUGUCGUUAAUAAUGAGAGCCCGCUAGGCAUGAGACAGCUCCAAGCUCUAACACUUGUUUUUAACAUCGGAUCCACUAUGGAUCACCCAACCAGUUAUGAAUGUACCUCAACGAUAAGCACCAGUGCACAAGCCAGAACCCAACAACAGUGAAUGUACAAACCCCUGAGUUUUCCACAAAGUAUCGGAAUGAAGUUGAUGCAGACACUAUUAAUACAGCUCUCAGUCAAUAUUUCUGUCUACAUUAGUGCAUCUCAGUAUGGUACGCCUGCGUAUUCAUACAGACAAUAUCCUUGUACUGACCAUCACUUAGGGACCAAGAUCAUGAGUCAUUUUCUCUGCAAUGAAAAUAAACACACAGACAUGAUGUGACUCACGGCUUAGGCUACGAACCAGUUUCACUCACAUUUAGACAGUGUUCGGUGCUGCCUUUUUUUGUAGGCUUUUGUAAAUGCAAUGAGAAACCUCAGUCCCAUGCACCCCUUUCCUUGUAAAUGCCACUUAGAGACAGGACAAGAUGAAAUUAUCUUUAAUUUAUAUACACAUUUAUAAACAAAUAUUUUAAAUAAGAAUGUAAAUAGAUGACUAUAUAUGGAGAGAGUUAGAAUGUGUGAGUUCAGUUCAGAGAGCGAGGGAGAGAGAAGUGUAGAAGUGAGAUGCAGAGAAAAGACGGAUGUUUCAGGAGCGCUGAUAUUUGGACUCGUUGCCUGGACUACUUCCUCUCUUGACAGUACUCUCAGGUUUCCAUGGCAACAAUCUCCCCUUGCCCUGACGGUGCCUGGGUUGGGCGCCGUCACCGCGCAAGCGACGGGGGUGGACACUUGUUGCAGAUGCGACACAGCAGGGGAGGGACAGUGUACCCAAACAAAGGCGCAUAAACAUUGCCUUGCAUAUGAACGGAGAGCUUUCAGGCUGUCGCUGCACACGAGGACAAACAAGGACACUAAGGACAAGAGACAGCAAGGCAAAAGAUGGCUUCAUGAACUGUAUGAUAAAAUGGGACACACAGGGUCUCCCCGCCUGUUUAUAACCAGCAGCAGUCAGUCAGUAGGUGUAGUAUAACUGUCUUUCACUCAUGUUUCAGUUGGUUAAAGGCCAGAACGACGAUGAUCCAGGAUAUGUAUCAUAAACCCUCCUUGCUGGUUGGAGCAACUGUAUUAUUUUGUACAUUUGCUGUUCCUCUCUCCUUUAGUCCUAAACACUUGUCCAAACACCAAGCACUUAUACUUUCCUCUUCCUCACUGGACACUAGACUAAGGCCAGACAGAGCUACCAGCUGCCCCCUUGAGUUGGGCCUCAAUGCCAGUAAGACUUAAUAGUUUUCAGUCAAUCUGUUCUAUUAAUUUUGUCUCUUAUUCCAUAUCUGUCACUCAAGGUCAGCCAUAGCUGUUUACAUUUUCCAUGUACAUAAACAACACGCUCUCUGAAGGUUGCAUUGAGAUGAUGAUGAUGAUGAUGAUGAUGAUGAUAAUGUCUUACUCGGGUUGCUGUGAAGUUCUUGAGCAGAGUCUGAGGAGGACCUGCCGCUCAGGGAGCUAGCUGUGGUCUCUCGUCCCUUUAUUACCAGUGUCGUCUUUUAGCCUUGUGCUCCUCACACCUUUUGCACCUAAGAUGAGACCCGUAACCAUAAUCACUGUGGACGUAAGUUCUAUUUUUGUGAAUGUUACUCACAAAGUGUCAAAGCCCCUUCCCAUUUGUCCUAAUAUUGUGACAUCAAAUUUACAAGACAUAGGAAUUUAAAAAGAAAAAAAAAACAAAAUCAGUCAGAGUUAAAAUCAUUAUUAGGGUUUAAUGUUUCUUUUUGCUGUGAUUUUCAUUUAUUUGUCAGUCUUUUAUCCACCUUUUUUUUUCUUUGUGUCUCCACUUUUGUCUGGUAAAGUCAGUGAUCUAUUUUUUUUAAUUGAAGAAAGAUUAGGUACAAACAAAAAAGAAUAGUUUGUCUCCCUUCUCUUUCCCUGUAUGACAAAAUGUACAAGAGGUAUAUUACUAGUCCAAGAGUAACUGAGUCACACAGCUCGAUAUAUAUUGUUGUCCAAUGGGAUACAUUAUAUGUGGUUUUAAGAAUGUAAUAAAUUGUUUCUUUUUCUUUUAAAA